UCGCGCGCAUCGCUUCGCAUCGUCUCUGCCGCUAGAGGAGACUUGGACUCACUAACUAAAGAUAACUCACAGGCCAAACCGAAGUUAGUGCAGCGCGAGUGAAUCACAGUGAACCAACCAACUACUAACUAGUCUUUGACCACGCGUAAACACAGUAAAAUGCAGCUUAUAUAGAUAAUAGCAAAGGAAUAACUAAGCAAAGCAGCCAAGCGAACAGAGAAGUGCUAGAAAUCAGAGGAGGACAUGGCCACCAAUACGGAAUUGUUGCCCUUCCAUCACCAGACAACGCUAGCCGUGCUAAACAACCUAAACAACAACCAUUGCGGCGGCUCCAACAGCAAUGGAGUCAACGGAGGAGGAGGCGGAGCGGCCACCUCUGCGGGAGGCGGCGGCGCCUCUGUGGGAGGAGCAGGAGCGCCCAGCUGGGCGUCCAUCGAUGAACUCUACCAACAGACUGAACUGCCGGUAUUGACGCGAGCGGGUGCAACCGGUACCACGCAUCACCACCUGCUGCGCUUCACGCCCUACGCCCUGCAUCACCGCCCGCCGCCGCACCAUCAUCAUCAGCUCCAAACCCUUCCGCCGGCCUUGUACCUCCAGCACGCAGCUGCAGCAGCGGCGGCGGCAGCAGCAGCGGCCGCCCACGCGCAGCACCAUCAUCACCAUCACCACCACCUACCACACAGACCCGCCUCGCCGGAGAGUCCACCUCCGGCGGAGGGCACACACAUCAGUAACCUCUUUCCCGAGCUGCUCGAGCAGAUCUUUGAGCACCUGCCCGUGAGGGAUUUAGGUCGUGCCGCCCAGGUCUGCACCGCCUGGCGGGAUGCUGCGUACGCCAAGAGCGUGUGGAAGGGUGUGGAGGCCAAGCUGCAUCUGAAGCGUUCCAGCCCGAGUCUAUUCAACUGUUUGGUGAAGCGGGGCAUCAAGAAGGUGCAGAUCCUAUCGCUGCGUCGCUCCCUCAAGGAUCUGGUGCUGGGCGUGCCCGCUCUGACCUCCCUCAACCUCAGUGGAUGCUUCAAUGUGGCGGAUAUGAACCUGGGCCAUGCCUUCAGCGUAGAUCUGCCCAACCUAAAGACCCUGGAUCUCUCCCUGUGCAAACAGAUCACGGACACCAGUCUGGGCCGUAUUGCACAGCAUUUAAGGAACCUGGAAACGCUAGAGCUGGGCGGUUGUUGCAACAUCACCAACACUGGCCUGCUGCUCAUCGCGUGGGGCCUGAAGAAGCUGAAGCACCUGAACCUGCGAUCCUGCUGGCACAUCAGUGACCAGGGCAUUGGCCACCUGGCGGGCUUCUCCCGGGAAACGGCAGAGGGCAACCUGCAACUGGAAUACCUUGGACUGCAGGACUGCCAAAGGCUGAGCGACGAGGCGCUGGGACACAUCGCCCAGGGUCUGACCUCGCUGAAGUCCAUCAACCUGAGCUUCUGCGUCUCGGUGACGGACAGCGGGCUGAAGCAUCUGGCCAGGAUGCCCAAGCUGGAGCAGCUCAACCUGCGCUCCUGCGACAACAUCUCCGAUAUUGGAAUGGCUUACCUCACGGAGGGCGGCAGCGGGAUCAACUCCCUGGACGUUAGCUUCUGCGACAAGAUCAGCGAUCAGGCGCUCACCCACAUCGCCCAGGGACUCUAUCGGCUGAGAUCCCUCUCCCUGAAUCAAUGCCAGAUCACCGAUCAGGGCAUGCUGAAGAUCGCGAAGGCGCUGCACGAGCUGGAGAACCUCAAUAUUGGCCAGUGCAGUCGGAUCACGGACAAGGGACUGCAGACGCUCGCCGAGGACCUCACGAACCUCAAGACCAUCGAUCUCUACGGCUGCACGCAGCUCAGCUCCAAGGGCAUCGACAUCAUCAUGAAGCUGCCCAAGCUGCAGAAGCUCAAUCUGGGCCUCUGGCUGGUGAGAUGAUGUGUCCACCACGACUGCAACGCCUGUGCCGAGGAGGAGGCGGCUGCCGCGCGCAGCACUAAUAAUUCCC